GUCCUACGGUUUGGAGUGUGCUUGGAGAGAGAGGGAAAAGAAACCCUGCAUAGCAGGGCACUUUAUAGCGUCGCCUCAGUUCUUGCACAGCGCGACCAUUGCAAGUGAGCGAGCGGAUUUUAGUCUAUAAUUAUACGGGCUGGAAACGGAUUUUCGUACGUCGUCAUGCUGUACAGCUUUUAAAUCUACGAUCGAUGACACCUGCGUGCGUUUUUGUCUUGAAGUUUCGCCGAUCGCGAACAGUUGGGACUGCAUUCCUUCGCUCUGGAGUCCAGACCUGCAGCGUUUUUCAGAGUUAGUGAGAGAGCUAGAGAGAGAGGGGGUCCCCGUUCCUACCUGCUGUCUUUACGUGUAACUUCUGAACUAUUCUCCAGCCCAGUCAAACAUUCUUCUGGCUGGCUUUGCCCAGUGUUGUCGUUUAUCUGAAACAUCGGAAAAUCAAUAAUGAUAUCUGAGAAUCGAUUAGUUUUGAAAUAGAAAGAUUCUGCAUUUAAGUUCUGCCCCAUUGGAUUGAAUGCCUUGUGACUAUGGCUUUACAAUGGAUCCUCGUAGCCGCUUUGGCUGGAAUUCUUCUCACCGCCACUUCAGAAAUACAUGGAGCAUGUCUCUAUCAGGGAUCUCUGUUCGCGAACAACACGUCGUGGAGACCAGACUCCUGUCAGGAGUGUACAUGCUAUGGUGACAUCACCAUCUGUAAACCUGUUACCUGCCUCAACCCACACUGUGACUUCCAGAGGGGAGAGCGGUUGAGGAUCCCUCCCAACCAGUGUUGUCCAGAGUGCCUGCCCUCCUCCCAGGGCUCUUGUCAGCAUAAAGAAGCUGUUUAUGGGCAUGACAGUCAGUGGAGUGCCUCCCAGUGCCAGCUGUGUGUGUGUUCUGGGGGUAGUGUAUCCUGUAGACAGAGACCCUGUCCUCCUCUCACCUGCCCCCCAGACCAGACUGCCUUCACCCCCACCGGAGACUGCUGUCCCAAGUGUGUCCGCAGUGGAGCAUCCUGUUCCUGGGAGGACCAUGAGUACAGGGAUGGGGAGGAGUGGAGUCCCAGCCCGUGCUCUAAGUGUGUGUGUAGUAACGGACUACCUCAGUGCUAUGCAGCAGAGUGCCAACCUGUCGCCUGCAAACCGCUCGAUAAUCUGGUGAUCCAGCCAGGACACUGCUGCCCACAGUGUGUCCCCAACCCUUGCCUCUCCGCUGGGAAGGAGUACAAGCAUGGUGAGCAGUGGCAGAAGAGUGGCUGCACCAGGUGUGUGUGUGAUCGUGGCCAGUCUCGCUGUCAUACACACACCUGUCCACCCAGGACCUGUGAGAAGGGCCAGACCAAGGUAAAGAGGGCGGGGCAGUGUUGUGACGAGUGUGUCGUCGCCAAAGGAAGCUGUCUGUACGAGCUUACCGUGCGUUACCACGGUGACAUGUGGAACGGCACCGGCUGCGAGUUCUGCACCUGCGAGAGGGGACAGGUCCUCUGCCAGAGAGCCCAGUGUGCUCGAGUAGAAUGCCCGACGGGAUCAGAGCUGGUCCACCUACCAGGGAAGUGCUGCCCCGAGUGUCAGUCCAUGAAGACCUCUUGUGUCUACCCACAUCAGUCCUCUGGGAAGGAACAGAGGCGACUGGCGAACCUGGAGAGGUGGAGUGAGGGCCCAUGCAGGGAGUGUGAGUGUCGUGAGGGCAGGGUGACCUGCUUCCUGGCGUCCUGUCUCACCUGUCCCCUGGGGAUGCUGGCUGUGCCUCGCCAGGGACAGUGUUGCCCAGAAUGUAAACAGGUUCAGUGCCAGAGGGACUGCCUGUCUUGCUCGGGGACCCCUGACCACUGUGAGAGCUGUAAGGACUCUACCGCUCUGCUUCUGGACGGACGCUGUGUGUCCACCUGUCCACGUGGUUUCUAUGCCAACGGGAAAGUGUGUGCAGCCUGCCAGUCGUCCUGUGCCACCUGUGAGAAAGACUAUGAAUGCUCUUCCUGUGGGGGGUCCUUGCUAUUAAACAACAGGCAGUGCGUGGCCACCUGUGAGCCGGGGUCCUACAAGGACCACACACAGUGCCUGCGUUGCCAUGCAUCCUGUUCAGUGUGCUCAGGGCCGAGCCAGCAGGACUGUGUGUGGUGUUCUGACCCGUCUCACCUCCUCAGAGAUGGACUCUGUGUCCCAGACUGUGACCAAGGCUACUACACACAGCAAGGAACCUGUUAUGCAUGUGAUUCGUCCUGCUCUUCCUGUUACCCUGACAACCCCAAGUGCACGAGUUGCCCCCAGGGCUCUGCUAUGCAUCAUGGGAAAUGUAUUUCCCACUGUCCAGAACAGCAUUACAUAGACGACCAUGGACACUGUAGAGCCUGUCACAGCUCCUGCUGGUCCUGCUCCGGCCCCUCUGUGUCCCAGUGUACCCUCUGUUCCCAGGGACUGUCCCUACACCAGGGCCAGUGUCUGGUGGCCUGCGGAGAAGGGCUGUACCACCAGGAUCAGACCUGCCACAUCUGCCAUCCAUCUUGUAGGGGAUGUCUAGGUCCUCUGGCCUCUGACUGUCUGAGGUGUCUCAAACCACAGGAGGCCCUGCUGCCGCAGAACAGUCACACACACAGUACAAGGCCACACGGAGUGUGUGUGGACAGAUGUCCCGCUCGCUUCUACCUGGAUGCUCAACACACCUGCAGAGAAUGCCACACUUCCUGUUUACAGUGCACCGGAGGAAGUGGUCAGAACUGCACUUCUUGUGCCCCGCCCUACGUCCUCCAGGACGGCCAGUGUGUUCUCAGAUGUCCCCCAGGCUUCAACAUCCAGGAUAACAUCUGCCAAGGGUGCCACCCAUCCUGCCAGGAGUGUAGCGGGCCGUCCAAGGCUGACUGUGUGUCCUGCCCCCCGGCCAAAUUCCACAAUGGGUACUGCACUACCAGCUGUCCUGAGGGAGAGUUCCUACACCCCCAAGGAUACUGCCAGGAAUGCAACAGUGAUUGCCUGCGCUGUGCAGCGGACCUACAAACGGGCGUGGGCAGUGUGUGUCUGUGGUGUAAGGCUGUCAGGACCCUGUUGCUGGGAGACCACUGUGCCACCCACUGUCCUCUUGGCCACUACCCCUGGCACGGGGCCUGCAAGAGAUGCCAUGCUUCCUGUGAGGGCUGCAGUGGGGAGGGGCCUCUGUCCUGUACUUCCUGUCCCGCCCCCAACUUUCUGUUGGCCUCAGGGCUGUGUGCCCCCACCUGCCCGCUGGGUUACUAUGCCGAAGGAGACAGACGCUGCAGAGCAUGUGGCAGCCAGUGUCUAUCCUGUGAGACGGGAGGAGAGUGUACGUCGUGCCGUGACCCGGGCAAGGUUCUGAUGUUCGGGGAGUGCCAGUACGACAGCUGUGCCCAUCAGUACUACCUCAACACCACCAUCCGCACUUGCAGAGAGUGUGAUUGGAGCUGUAAUGAGUGUGAGGGUCCUCUGCGUACAGAUUGUCUACAGUGCAUGGAAGGACACGUUCUUCAGGAUGGACUCUGCACCCAGGGCUGCUCCCCAGGGUCCUACCAGAAUGGGGAGAGAUGCCUCAGUUGUGAUGAACACUGUGAAGUGUGCCACGGGCCAGGCCAGUGUGGGCGAUGCCAGACUCCUUAUUCCAUCCUGCAGGGCCACUGUGUGUUGGAGUGUGGGAGGACAUUCUUCUUGGACUCCUCUCUGAAGCUAUGUACACCAUGCUCAGCUGACUGUGUGGAGUGUGAGGGGAUGGGGCGCUGCACCGUGUGCAGACUAAACACUUACCUAAGAGAUGGAUACUGUACUCCAGACUGUGGAAACGGUUUCUAUAGUGACAAGAAGAGCAGGACUUGCCAUGCUAACAGCCAGCCCCCAACCCUGCAUAUCAGUAGCUCUCUGCUGGUACCAAUUGGAGGGACUAAACCCCUGGACUCAACCAUACUCUCUGCCCAGGAUCAAGACAGCCCUCCAGAGAGCUUGGUCUUCCAGCUGCUUCAGCCCCCUGCUACAGGCCGUAUGGUUGUCCUAGAGGGGGGCAGGGAGAUAGAGAUGUCCCGAGACGACACCUUCUCCUGGGCACAGCUACAGAGCAGACAGGUCCGCUUCACUCACGACAAGGACCAGGCCAAGAGUGGACAGUUCACCCUGCGUGUAGCUGACCCCCAGCUCUUUUCCCAACCAGAGACCAUUCAGAUCCAGGCAGUGUCGAUGCAGCCCCCACAGAUUCUUACCAACAAUCCUUUGCUGCUGGACGGAGGGGAGACGGCGAUCAUCUCCAAGGCCGUGCUUCAGAUCGACGACCCAGACAACCCUCAGGAUGUCCUGGUCAUGGUUCUGGACCCGCCCCAACAUGGCCGCCUGACCCGUCUCAAUGGCGACCUGGCCCUGAGCCAGUUCAAGAUGGAGGAGUUGUCACGGGAACAGGUGCAGUAUGUCCAUGAUGGGUCGCCAGGGCAACGGGACAGGAUGCUGCUACAGGUCAACGAUGGAAACAGCUACCAGAACAUUCUAAUGCAGAUCAGCAUUACUCAGAAGCUUACCCAGGCUCCUCGUGUUCUAUCGGUGCCCGUCACGUGGGUGAGAGAGGGAGGCAUGGUACAGUUGGGGAAGAGGUAUCUGAGGACAGAGUAUCAGGGUGCCAGCGAUGACCAGAUCAUUUACACCAUAGUGAGCUCCAAAGGAAGCCCCAAAUAUGGUGAAGUGCUGUUGGUGCCAAUGCCAGCCGACGGCCCGUUGGAAGGUUGGCAGCCCUCGCCCGACGACAGGAGCUCUACCCCCACCUCCUCCUUCACUCAGCAGGAUGUGAAUGAGGGCACUGUGUGGUACAAACACUUUGGCACCACCGGCUUGACGGAAGGAGACACCUUCCUGUUCCAGGUGUCUAGUGAGGGGUCCCCAGACACGCUCAGUGAUGCUCAGACCUUCACCAUCGGAGUGAUGCCUGAACUCCCAGGGUUCCCCCAGCUGGCCCCCGCCUGCGACCUACAGAUAACGGCGCUGGAAGAUCGUGUGACCGUGCUAACACCCACAGCUUUGUCCUUUGUGGACUCUGAGACGCCCAGUGAAAAGCUUGUCUACAACAUCACCAAGCCCCUACCUCAGGGACAAGGUUCUUUGGAGCAUCGUGACAGACCCUACAACCCAGUGUCCUUCUUCACCCAAGCUGAUGUCAACCAGGGCCGGAUCCUGUACCGCCCUCCGCAGGCCGCCUCUCACCUCCAGGAGCUCUACCAGUACUCCUUCACUGGUCUGCCAGAGUCGCUGAAUCUUUAUUUCACAGUGUCGGACGGGGAACACACCACUCCAGAGAUUGAUUUUUCCAUCCACCUGUUGGCCAACUACCAGCAUCCUCCAGUGUUUCAGAUCCUUGACCCUGUUCUGGAGGUUAGCAUGGGUGGACGAACACCCAUAGGUGGGCAGCAGCUGGCAGUAACUGAUGCAGAUACAGCUCCUGAUGAGUUGGAGUUUGAGCUGGUGGAAGGACCGGUCCACGGAACCUUGCUCAAGAUGGAGUUUGACUCACAGACUGAGAUGAUGAAUGGUCCUAAGGUGAACUUGACCGGUAGCAUAGGUCCUAAGGUGAACUUGACCGGUAGCAUAGGUCCUAAGGUGAACUUGACCUGUAGCAUAGGUCCUAAGGUGAACUUGACCGGUAGCAUAGGUCCUAAGGUGAACUUGACCGGUAGAAUAGGUCCUAAGGUGAACUUGACCGGUAGCAUAGGUCCUAAGAGCGACACCUCUCCAGAUGAGAAGAUACGUAUUCAGCUGGUGUCAGUUCCUAUGUACGGCAUCCUGACCAUGACAGGGUCAGACUCAGAGCACCAGGAGAUGACAGAGUACUCCUCUUUCACCUUGGACGACAUCAACAAACACAGGAUCAGCUACAUCACUUCCUUUGAGAUAGGAAGUCAGCCGGUGACGGACAUCUUCCAUUUUAUUGUUUACGACGGUGAGAACAAUCGCCUUGACAACCAGAUGUGUACCAUCACCAUCACCUCCAUGAAGAGACAGCCUCCAGUGGUCACUGUCCGCAGUGGCAUCAAGGUCCAGGAAGGAGGAAGAGUCCAGCUGUCAACCAAUCACAUCAUUGUAUCAGAUCUGGACACACCCAAGAAGGACCUGCUGGUGUGGAUGAUCAGCUCGCCCAAAUAUGGCUUCAUUGAGAACACGAGACGAAGAGUGGGCUCGUUGGGCGGUUCAAAUACCCUGGUCAUCAGUCCAGAGGUUCCCUUCUCCGUGGACGACCUGACCACUGACCACAUCUUCUACGUUCAGAACGUCCAGAACACGGAGCACCACUACCAGGACACCUUCUCCUUCUACAUCAGUGAUGGGUCCAGUCAGACAGAGGCCUUCAAUGUCAACAUAGAUAUACUGCAGACUAAAGAGGAGAUGGAGCCGGUGGUAUCAGUGUCCAGAGUCCAGGUGGAGCAGAACUCAGGAGUGGUCAUCACUAACUCCUCUCUCAACGUCCUGGACCAGGACACACCAGACAACGACAUCAUCAUCACCGUCACCAAGCAACCUGCCUACGGUAAGCUGCGUAGACGCCAGUUCUACUCCCAGCCUCUGGAGAACGGUCGGAUCCUGUCUCAGGGGUCCACGUUCACCUACCAGGACGUGGUGGACCUGCUUCUGGUGUACACCCCUGACGCGGCCAGCGGGGGCAGUGACGAGCUCGCCUUCUCUCUGACCGACGGCGUCCACGUCGCCACCGGACGGCUCACCUUCACCAUAGACGUCAGGAAGAGCGAAGGACCAAGGAUGACUGUGAAUAGAGGCCUGCAGCUGGCCGCAGGCUCAGCGGCUAAGAUUACUGAACAGAACCUGAAGGGAUCAGAUUCAGACUCAGAUAGCCUGAAGCUGAGGUACAUCCUCACCAAAGACCUUCCAUUAGGAAGACUACAGCUUUCUAAAGAAGGAGGAGGAGGAGGACAGGACAAGAUGUCUGUUAAAGGACCUGUCAAGAGCUUCACACAGGAGGAGGUCAACAAAGGUCUUUUGGAGUACAGUCAUGAGAAGGGAGAGAAAGGAGGGAGCGUCUCCUUCAAGUUCAACUUGGUGGAUCCAGAGGGCAACAAACUGAUCGACCAGUCUUUCUUCAUCAGUGUACUAGAGGACCACCUGCCCCCCUCUGUGGUACUGAAUAAAGGUCUGGUGGUUGAUGAGAACUCAGUGAAGAAGCUGACUACUCUCCAGCUGUCAGCUACAGACCAGGACAGUGAGCCUGGAGAACUGGUGUAUCGCAUCACCAAGCAGACUGCACUGGGACACCUGGAGCACGCCAGCAACCCAGGAACACGCAUCACGUCCUUCUCCCAGGCUGAUCUGACCUCCCGCAGUGUCCAGUAUGUUCACACCAGCGAAGAAGAGAAGCAUGCGGACCAGUUCUCCUUCAUCGUGUCUGACGGCGCUAACGAGGUUGCCCAGACGUUCUACAUCACCAUCCGGCCGGUGGAUGACUCCCUCCCCCUGCUGGUGGUUCCUGGGAUGAGGGUUCAGGAGGGGGUCAGGAAGACCAUCACUGAGUUUGAACUGAAGGCCACCGACGCUGACACAGAGGAGGAGUCCAUCACCUUCACCAUAGUCCAGGCUCCCCGUCACGGCACCAUGGAGCGGACCAACAACGGACAGCACUACCGUCAGACCAACAGCUUCACCAUGGACGACGUCUACCAGAACAGAAUCAGCUACAACCACGAUGGAUCCAACUCACUGAAGGACAGAUUCACCUUCACUGUAGCUGACGGGACUAAUGUCUUCUUUAUGGUGGAGGAGGCAGGCAAAGAGGUGUUGACGGCUGCACCACAAAAGUUUAAGAUUGACAUUCUGCCAGUGGAUGAUGGAACACCUCGUAUCGUCACAAACCUGGGUCUGCAGUGGCUGGAGUACAUGGACAACAAGGCCACCAACCUGAUCAGUAAGAAGGAGCUGUUGACCAUGGACCCAGACACCGAUGAUGGUCAGCUGGUCUAUGAGGUCACAGCAGAGCCUAAACACGGCUUCCUGGAGAGCAAACUAAAACCUGGGGCUCCUAUCACCUCCUUCACACAAGCUGACGUUAACCUGGGCUUGAUCCGCUACGUGCUCCACGAGGAGAGCGUGACAGAGACCGUGGACAACUUUAAGUUCCUGGUGAAGGACAGCAAGCCCAACGUUGUCUCUGAUAACCUGUUCCACAUCCAGUGGUCCCUCAUCAGCUUCCAACACAGGAGCUACAAUGUGAGUGAGAAGGCUGGCACGGUGUCAGUCACAGUGAAGAGGACGGGCAACCUGAACCAGUAUGCCAUCGUGCUGUGUCGUACGGAGCAGGGCACCGCCACCUCCACCUCCAGCGUGGGCUCUCGUCCCGGGCAGCAGGACUACGUGGAGUACGCUGGGCAGGUCCAGUUUGACGAGCGGGAGGACACCAAGGUGUGUACCAUAGUGAUCCAGGACGACAAGGUGUUUGAAGGUGUGGAGAGUUUCCAGGUGGAGCUGAGCAUGCCCGUCUAUGCCCUCCUGGGUCAGGUGACCCGCGCCAGCGUCAACAUAAACGACACCGAAGACGAACCCACGCUGCAGUUUGACAAGAAGAUCUACCACGUCAACGAGAGUACCGGCUUCAUACACGCCCCCAUAGAGAGGAAAGGUGACACCAGCAGUACGGUCUCGGCUCUCUGUUACACAGUUCCUAAGUCAGCUAAGGGAAGCAGUCCACACGGCCUGGAGUCUGGGUCUGACUAUAAGAGUCGAGGUAUGACUGGUGACAGCAGGGUCAUCUUCGGCCCCGGCGUCUCCAUGUCCACCUGCGACGUCAAGCUCAUCGACGACAGCGAAUACGAACUCUCAGAGGAGUUUGAGCUCCACCUAUCGGACGCCUCGGAUAACGCCCGCAUGGGUGAUGUUAAAGUGGCAAAGGUGGUCAUUGACGGGCCAAAUGAUGCUUCGACAGUAUCCCUGGGCAACGCUACGUUUACGUUCAGCGAGGACGCUGGCACCAUAGAGAUUCCGGUGUUGCGGCAGGGGAGUGACCUGUCGUCAGUGACCUCUGUGUGGUGUGCCACGCGCCCCUCUGACCCCCCCUCUGCCACCCCCGGGGUCGACUACAUACCCUCCUCUAGGAAGGUGGAGUUCAAAGCUGGCAAGACUAUGGAGACGUGCAGUCUGACCAUCAUGGAUGACAUUCAGAACCCGGCCAUUGAGGGGGCAGAGGCUUUUGUAGUGUUCCUCUCCUCCCCUCAGGGGGCGGUGCUCCUCGAACCCUUCGAAGCCUCCGUGGUCAUCACUGAUACCUUGGAUCUACCCAGCAUGCAGUUCGAGAAGACGGCAUACAAGGUGAAGGAGAAGGAGGGCGUGCUGAACAUCCCCGUCGUUCGAACGGGAGACCUGACGGUCAAGUCCUCUGUCCGUUGCUUCACUCGCACCAUGUCUGCCAUGGUGAUGGACGACUUUGAGGAGAGGAGGAACGCAGACGACUCGCGUAUCUCCUUCCUCCAGGGAGAGAAGGUAAAAAACUGCACGGUGCACAUCAAUGACGACUCUGUGUUCGAGCCAGAGGAGGAGUUCCAGGUGCAUCUUGGGACGCCGCUGGGGGACCACUGGAGUGGGGCCAUGGUGGGAGUUAGUGACAUUGUCACGGUAACCAUCACUAACGACGAGGACGCCCCCACCAUAGAGUUUGAGCAGACGUCGUACCAGGUGAGGGAGCCCCCCGGGCCAGACGGCAUCGAGGUGCUUAACAUCAAGGUGGUCAGGACAGGAGACCAGGACCGCACCUCCAAGGUCCGUUGCAGCACCCGGGACGGAUCAGCCCAGUCCGGAGUGGACUACAACCCCAAGAGCAGGGUCCUCAAAUUCACCCCUGGCAUGGACCACAUCCUGUUCAAAGUGGAGAUUCUGUCCAAUGAGGACAGGGAGUGGCACGAGUCCUUCUCAUUGGUCCUCGGUCCUGACGAUCCGGUGGAGGCGGUGCUUGGAGAGAUCACCACGGCAACAGUCACCAUCCUGGACCAGGAAGCAGCAGGGAGUCUCAUUCUCCCGGCCACGCCCAUCGUGGUGUCUCUGUCAGACUAUGACAACGUGGCUGAGGUGUCUAAGGAGGGCAGUAAGAAGCAGCCUGCGCCUGGCUACCCCUUGGUGUGUGUGACGCCCUGUGACCCGCACUACUCCAAAUACUCUGUGAUGAGGGAGCGCUGCGACGAGGCAGGCAUCAACCAGACCUCUGUCCACUUCUCCUGGGAGGUGGCUGCCCCUACAGACACCAACGGGGCCAGGUCACCUUUCGAGACCGUCACUGAUACCACACCAUACACUGGUGUUAACCAUAUGGUCCUGGACAGUAUCUAUUUCUCUCGGAGGUUCCAUGUGCGCUGUGUGGCCCAGGCCCGGGACAAGUCCGGCCAUCUUGGAACACCCCUGAGGAGUAACAUAGCAACCAUCGGCACCGAGGGUUCCAUAUGCCACACCCCUGUUACCACGGGAACAGCCCGAGGGUUCCAGGCCCAGUCGUUCAUCGCCAGUCUGAAGUAUCUGGAUGUUAAACACAAGGAGCACCCCAACCGUAUCCACAUCUCGGUGCAGAUCCCCCACCAGGACGGUAUGCUGCCCCUAGUGUCCAGCAUGCCCCUCCACAACCUGCACUUCCUGCUGUCGGAGUCCAUCUACAGACAACAGCACAUCUGUUCAAACCUGGUCACUCUCAAAGACCUGCAGGGGGUCUCUGAGACUGGUUUCCUGGAUGAUGUCCAGUAUGACAGUAUCUCUCUGGGUCCGGGUUAUGACAGACCCUACCAGUUCAACCCCGGUGUCCGAGAGGCUAAGAGCAUCCAGCUGUAUAAACACCUCAACCUGAAGAGCUGCAUCUGGACCUUCGAUGCCUACUACGACAUGACGGAACUCAUAGACGUCUGUGGAGGCUCUGUCACUGCUGACUUCCAGGUGCGUGACUCGGCCCAGUCGUUCCUGACAGUGCAGGUUCCUCUCUAUGUGUCGUAUAUCUACGUAACAGCUCCCAGGGGUUGGGCUUCACUGGAACACCACACUGAAAUGGAGUUCUCUUUCUUCUACGACACCGUGCUCUGGAGGACAGGCAUCCAGACAGACAGCGUUCUGUCAGCCAGACUCCAGAUCAUCAGGAUCUACAUAAGAGAAGAUGGCCGUCUGGUCAUCGAGUUCAAAACACACGCCAAGUUCAGGGGCCAGUUUGUCCCCGAGCACCACACUCUGCCUGGGCACAAGUCCCACCUGAUGGUUCCGGACCACCUGGGGGGGAUAGAGUUCGACAUGCAGCUUAUCUGGAGCGCCCAGUCCUUUGAUUCUCCCUACCAGCUCUGGAAAGCCACCUCUUCUUACAGCAGGAAAGACUACUCUGGAGAGUACACAGUGUUUCUGAUCCCCUGUACCGUGCAGCCAACCCAACCAUGGACCGACCCCGGAGACAAGCCUCUGUCCUGCACAGCCCACGCCCCAGAGAAGUUCCAACUACCUAUAGCCUUCCAGCAGACCAACCGACCGGUGCCUGUCGUGUACAGCCUCAACACAGAGUUUCAGCUGUGCAACAAUGAGAAGGUGUUCAUGAUGGACCCGGCCGUCGCUGACAUGUCCAUGGCUGAGAUGGACUACAAGGGAGCCUUCUCUAUGGGCCAGACAUUGUAUGGCAGGGUGCUGUGGAACCCAGAGCAGAACCUGAACUCAGCCUACAAGCUGCAGCUGGAGAAGGUGUACCUGUGUACAGGACGGGAUGGAUACGUGCCCUUCUUCGACCCCACGGGGACUCUGUACAACGAGGGCCCUCAGUACGGCUGCAUCCAGACCAACAAACACCUCAAACACAGGUUCCUGAUCCUGGAUCGGAAGCAGCCUGACGUCUGUGACAGGUACUUCCAUGACGUUCCAUUCGAAGCCAACUUUGCGUCGGAUAUCACCGAAUUACAGACCAUGACAGCCAUACCUGGUGUUGAUGGAUUUACCAUGAAAGUUGAUGCCCUGUACAAGGUGGAGGCGGGGCAUCAGUGGUACCUUCAGGUGAUCUACGUGAUUGGUCCAGAGUCCAUAUCCGGCCCCAGGAUUCAGCGUUCUCUGACCUAUCAGCUCACCCACAGUAGCGGCGGGGGGCGGACUCGCCGGGACCUGGCCAAUCAGCUGAGCCAAAGCAUCGGCCACAGCCGUGCUCGCCGGGACCUUGUUGACCACAGCGGACGUCUCACUCUAGACCAGUCUCUGAUAUAUGACAACGAGGGUGACCAGACGAAGAACGGAACCAAUAUGAAGACUCUCCGCCUCGAGGUCCCCGCUGCCUCAACCUUUAACCCCCAGAUGGGCGGUUCGGUGGGCGGGGGCGUGGCCGCACUAACCCUAUUGGUCCUCGUCUUGCUCGCUUCAUGUUUACUCUUCAGGAAGUGCCGACGAUCGGCUGGGAAGAAGCCUCCCCAGAAGGCGGAGGAGUACCCUCUGAACACCAAAGUAGAGGUGUGUUUGGAGAGGACCCUGGAGAAGAACUUCAGCUCUAAACACUGCACCGUCAGGAACAUCAACAUCAACCGGAACUACGACAACGUCAACUCCAAGGUCAACAGAGGCGCAAAGGUCAACGGAGGGGCGAAAGUCAAGCAGGUCAACCUGGAGGUCAAGCUCCACAACAACCUCCACAACGACGGCACCGAGGUCUGAGGAUCCCCAUCACCUCCCACCAUUGUUUACCCUGGCUAGAUCAUUUCCCCAUUCGGGGUUUGCCAACGUUGAACUAGUAGAAGUAACAGUUCUACUGAAGGGGAAACAUCUACCGGAGUGGAGGAGUAUUUUACCAGACAUCUAAAAGAAAUGUCAUUUUCUAAAAAGCGUUUGUUUGUACUUCUGGAAUAAAAUAUUGUUUGUUAAUGUAUUUUUAUAUGACCGUGAUGAGAGAUAAAAGGGAAGAGUUGUUUUUGACGGCCAGCUAUGCAGCGUUUAUUCAAAUCAUUUCAAAACUGGGCUACCUCAGGAAUAGGGAAACGAGUGAACAACUAUCGAACUAUGGCAUAAAACAUGAUUGAUUAUGUCAUUUAUUUGAAUCUAUUUGGGUCUCUUGUGGGUUUUUUUUCCUUCGUGUUUUCGACUUUUCGUCGUUGUUGAACGACUAGAGAGUUUGGAAUCAGUCAAGGGAUAAUCUGCUGCCUUGUUUUUCCGCUUUAUGUUUCCAUGACAACAACAACGCCAAAAUGAUCAACGUAUGGUAGCACUUUGCUUCCAGCUCGUCUUGAAUAAUUUGAAUAGUUCAGUUAUAGCUCGGCUGCAUUAUUUAAUCACAGUGCCAUAAUAUGACAUCUAUGAAAGUAUUAAACACAGUCAGGACCCCAAUCCUAACUCCACUUGCGUUCAUCAUUCAUUCAUUUCAAUGGAAGAUUUGCACAAAAAAACGUUAGGAUGCAGGCCUAUAGCGUGUUAUGGUCUUCUGCCCACAACUGAAUGAGUAGUGUUGUAAUUUAUAUAUUUUCAAGUGCAAUUAAUCCAUGAACACACUCUCUCCUCAAACUAAGUUCUCUGCAUGUGGAACUAAGAUCCAGCCUAGUAAUAUAGUGUGUCUGAAAUGACACCCUAUCCCCUAUACCAGUGUUUCCCUGGCCCUACUCCAGUCCUCCAGUACCCCCAACAGCCCAACUCCGGUCCUCCUGUACCCCCAACAGCCCAACUCCGGUCCUCCAGUCCCCCCAACAGCCCAACUCCAGACCUCCAGUCCCCCAAACAGCCCAACUCCGGUCCUCCAGUACCCCCAACAGCCCAACUCCAGUCCUCCGGUACCCCCAACAGCCCAACUCCGGUCCUCCAGUCCCCCCAACAGCCCAACUCCAGUCCUCCGGUACCCCCAACAGCCCAACUCUGGUCCUCCAGUACCCCCAAAAGCCCAACUCCAGUCCUCCAGUACCCCCAACAGCCCAACUCCAGUCCUCCGGUACCCCCAACAGCCCAACUCCAGUCCUCCAGUACCCCAACAGCCCAACUCUGGUCCUCCAGUACC